UUCCCCACGAAGAGCCUCAUAUGGUGUUUGUUGGUGACGUCGGUUGCUUAGAAACAUAAACAUCCUGUUCCUCGUCAAAGCCUGGGACUUCUUUACAAGUUAUUCACUAGUUUAGUUUUUACUUUGCGCACAUUUUAUGCACGGCGUCGUGACUAUACGGCGUAAAGCCACGUCAGACAAAUCAAAAAUGCCUUCAAGAGACCAACUCUUCUUGUACGUUAUUUAUUUUGGCCUUUAUUCAUCACCUGCCACAACAUUAGUAGUCUGAAGCCCUCUGAUUAGCCCCAAACCAGCUGGGAUAGGUCACAGGUCACCCGCGACUCCAGACAGGAUAAGAAGGAGGAAAUGAAGUCGUAGGAACUGAAGAGAGAGAGUGCAACUAAGUUGUGCUGUACCGGACUGAAAGAACAAAAUGAUUUGGAGACCAUAUGUAAUUCUGCCUAAUACAUCAGAGCAUAUCAUAACAAUCCCGGGAUCCAAGGAAGCACAGCAAUGACAUCAGAGCACACUGCUUCAUCACUUAGCGGGAAAUACAUCAGACAUGGCCGGUCCUGUAAUCAGGAGUUGGUGGAAUUCCUACCAGUUGCACAAAUUGGACGACAAAAACUCCAACAGAGAGGAGGACAAGGAGGAUGUGACAGUGAAAAGGCAGUUAUCCAUAAGUCAGACACUGCGAACCAGACAACUACGCAUAAACUUUGAUGAAGGACGUCCAGUUUUGAGUCUAAGAGCGCCGCUGGAUCUGGUUCAUUUCCCACCUGUCUCCUCCCCUCGUUGGCCCAUAGAGUGUGAGGUCAUCAGCAAUGCCAUCCAUCACAUUGAGUGGGAGCCUCCAAGGCCCGAGCCUUUCUACCACCCUAAAGGUCAUGAGCGGAUACCACUUGCAUCUUUCGAGGAGGACAGACGAGUGGUCUAUUGUAAUGACCAUGGGAGUAAGUACUUCACAUGCUCUCGUGUUGGAGGUUUGAGGGUGUCCGAGAGCAGGGCCUCUUUCAAUGACUUCAAACAACCGCAACUCUGUCUUGAGUUCGAGUCACGAUUUGAGAGUGGAAACCUUCAGAAGGCUGUGCAAGUCGGUCCCUUCAACUACGAGCUCACCCUGCGCGCAGAUCUGUACACUAACAAGCACACGCAGUGGUUUUACUUCAGAGUAAGAAAAAUGAUAGCCGGGGUGACCUACCGCUUCACCAUUGUCAACUUCAUGAAGCGCCGCAGCCUUUACUCCCAGGGCAUGAGGCCGCUGCUGUACUCUGAGAGAUCUGCUGAGGAGAGCGCUGUUGGAUGGCAACGUACUGGCUCCAACAUCGCAUACUACCGCAGUCAGAAUCGAAAGGACAGCAAUGAGUCAAAGAGUCUGUACUCCCUCACGUGGACUUUCCAGUUCCCUUACGAAGCUGACACCUGCUAUGUGGCCCAUUGUUACCCCUACACAUAUUCACACCUGCAUCGCUACCUUAGGAAUGUUUCCUCCAACCCAACAGUAGCAACAUACUGCAAAGUGCGGGUGCUGUGCCACAGUCUUGCUGGAAAUGCAGUCUACGUGCUGACAGUGACGUCACGAGCGGGCGGUAAGGUAAAGGACAUCAACAAGAAAGCUGUGGUGGUGACGGCCCGCGUGCACCCUGGGGAAACCAACGGCUCCUGGAUGAUGGAGGGGUUCCUCGACUUCCUGCUCGGGGACUCGGCUGAUGCUCAGCUUCUGAGGGACACUUUUGUUUUUAAGGUGGUGCCAAUGCUGAACCCAGACGGUGUGGUGGUUGGCAACUACCGCUGCUCUCUGGCAGGCAUGGAUCUCAACAGGAAUUACAAGACGGUGCUCAGGGACUCCUUUCCAUGCGUAUGGCAUACCCGAAACAUGGUGGAAAAACUAAUGAACCAGACAGAUAUCGUUCUUUAUUGUGACUUUCAUGGCCACAACCGUAAAAACAAUGUCUUCAUGUACGGCUGUAACAACCAAGAGGAUGCUUCAAUGAGGCUUCAUGAGAGAGUUUUCCCGAUGAUGAUGAGCAAGAAUGCCAGCAACAAGUUCUGUUUCAAGAGCUGUAAAUUCCAGGUUCAGAAGAGCAAAGAGGGAACCGGUCGAAUCGCCAUGUGGCGACUUGGCAUCAAAAACAGUUACACUAUGGAGGCCACGUUUGGAGGCUCUACACUCGGUGACCGCAAAGGAACACAUUUUACCACUCAAGACCUCAAGUCUCUGGGCUUUUACUUUUGUGACACCUUGCUUGACUAUUGUGAUCCAGAGCCAAGUAAGAUGACUUACUGUCUGACAGAACUGACAGCGAUGCUGAAAAAAGAAGCCCGAGAACGUCUGGGAGAAGAAAUAGACACGGACGUCCUGAUCUCUGAUUUUGAAUCUGGCACCAGUGGUUCUGAUAGUUCUGAUUCUGAAGAACUUCCAGUUCAUUUGCUGAAGCAGUCACAAACUGUUCAUGCAGAGCAAACUUCUGUGAAGCAUAAACAGAAAAUGAGCCAUAAAGAAAGAAACAGGCUAAAGUCUAACGUGCAACAAAAAGACCUUCCUUUAAAUACUGAGUCAGACCUUCAGCAGGAGGAGAAUGCAGGUAAAGAGAGCACCCAGGAAAGGCCACCGAGAAGACACAUUAGAAAAUGGCAGAUAAAUACCACACUCAGGAAAAGUGUAAUCCCUGCAGCAAAUACCAAUCAUGGAGACGUCAGUCAUGUGACCCUUUGGCAAGGGUGUGAGCCUGUCAAGGGCGAUUGUCGAGAAGACACAAAGACAGCAGCCAACAUGCAUCGCUACGAGAGGGCAUGUCCAAAUAUCAACACCAUUGUAGCUCUGUCACCUCACCCAGGUUCAGACCAACAAAGGGACACAGCACAAUGGAGAUACUCAUCACAGCUGCUGCACCUAAGUGCUCUCUUUCCAAACACUCAAAAAUGUAGUCACCCCAGCCAGCAGCAUAAUGGUCAACAGCAACUGCUUCACUUCAGUGCUCUUUUUCCAAACCUUCAACAAUGUAGUCAACCAAACCAGCAGCAUCAUAGUCAGCAGCAGCAGCAUUGCAACUCUCAGCUAUCACCAGACCGUGCAGAAACUGACAGGCAUCUGCUGUCAAGCAUCACCAUUGAUCAUUUCACUGGCCACCCUGUUUACAGAGCGACAAAUUCCUUUCGUGGCCAAAAUCGUUACUAUGUCCACCGGGAUUUGCCCCCUGUACAUGCAGACACAUCCAACACAAAAUGGCGAGAUAAGAGAGAGGCAGGAGAUGUUGGAGAAGUUGGAUUGCUGAAACUUCUUCCAUUUCGAAAGCGGAAUCGUGAAAACCUCAUCUUGGAAAUUUCUCGGAGAAAAGCAAUGUCCUACUCUAAUGUAUUAGGUCCUGUACUAGGGUGCACAGACCUCAGAGGAAACAGACUGUGGAAUGGAGCUUUAGAAGGGAAGGAAACAAAAGGUGUUUUACCCCCUGUGACAAAGUAAUCCACGCCCACAAAGUUAAACAACAGGUGAGCUUGAGGCUGAGGAUCUCUUAUUUCCUCACUUUCAAAGAAAAUGUCUAAAAAGGUACCCAUUCAGAGGAGCCAGUUGCCAGAAUAUCCCAGUCUGCUCUUAUGUAGAGUACAUUGCUUACUGGGAUAAUGGACAUUCACAUGGAUGGAUGUUUACAGGAGGAUCCCACUCAAUGACAUCAUGAUGUCUGAUAAGAGUUUUCAAACUUUCCUGGAUCUAACAUGAAAUACUGACACUUUUCUUUUUGCAGUAUCCAUUUAUAAUGUUUUUAUUAUUUACAAAUGUACACAAAACCAUAUCACAAUUGCAGGUGAAAUAU